AUGGCACAUUCUAGUGGAAAGACUUUGGUGCAGUGGAUGCUAGCAGCAUUGAUCUUGGCCAUGUUGGGUGGAAAUCUAGCUGUUUUACUAUGUAACAUUGAAUCAAGUGAGCUAAAUUUAUGUCAUGAUGCUGUUACCGGUGCAAACCCGCCAAACCCGGAUACGAAAUGCUGCAAUGUUGUUCACCGUUGCAAUCUUACCUGUCUUUGCGGUUACAAGUCUGAACUACCUUUAUUUGGAAUCAACCCCGCAAAUGCUAUGGCCCUGCCCGGUAAAUGUGGUCUGAAAAGGCCGUCCAAUUGUUAA